AUGGCAAGUCCGUCCCCACAGAGUAGCCCAAUGCCUCCGCCUCAAGCCCCUAGCCCUAUGGGACCCCCGACACAAAGUCCGGCUCCGCCACAGUCACCACAUAGCCCUUACAAUCAACAGCAUGUGAAUGGACCACCUCCAUCACAUUCCUCUGGUUCUGGACAACCACCAAUGCAAAAUCAUAUGCCGCCUACGGGUCCACCUCAUACAAUGGCUUCGAAUACUAACGGACCGCCAGGAGUACCACAGCAGCAUCCAGGAAUGCCACCUAGUGGUCAUCAAAUGCCACCUCAUAUGGUUGGACCACAUAUGCCAGGACCACCAGGUCAUCCAAUGAGUGCUACUGGUUCUCAUUCAUCUGGACCUAAUGGUCAUUCCAAUAUGCCCAACAACCCACAGCAUUCAAAUUUACCUGGACAGGGACCUCCUCAUGGAUAUAUGCAACAUCAAAUUGGACAUAUGCCCCAAAAUCAGGGUCCUAUGGCAAUGACAGGCGGACCUCCAACGCCUGGAAACGGACCACAGGGUCCGCCUGGUUCGUCUGGCGUACCUUUGCCGAUAUCGGGCCCGCCUCCACACGGUGUUCACCCGCAGGGUAUGCCUCCAAUGCCACCGCACCACGGUAUGAUGCCAUCGCAGGGUGGUUACUCACACGCAGCACCAUCCCCCGGAGGAGCAUCAACGCCGCCCGCUGGCCAAGCCCCUCCUGGACCACCACCACAGCCUCCUGCAGCUCAAACUCCCCCACAUGGUUCGGGUCCACCUCCAUCAACGUCCGCUAAUGGAGCACCAUCUUCAUCUCCAAUGCAAAGCUCCCUAACUGCGACAGGCCCUGAUAAUCUGAAUGCUUUGCAACGGGCAAUCGAUUCUAUGGAAGAAAAAGGAUUACAAGAUGAUCCCCGAUACUCCCAACUUGUGGCUAUUCGGGCACGCACCAACCCGCAAGAUCCAAAUAAAGGACUAUUUUCUAACAGCCAACUAAGUCAAUUAAAAGCGCAAAUAGCGGCCUACCGGAAUUUAGCCCGUAAUCAGCCGAUAACACAGCAGGUAGCGCUUAUGGCGGCUGGAAAACGUACAGGCGAUACGCCACCAGAAUGUCCUACACCUCCAGCGCAGCCACCUUCGCCUUACAGUCAAGGGCAAGCUCAGGGCGGCGGGCAGGGCGCGGCGUCGGGUGGCAAGGCGGGUGCGGGCGGCGACGCAGCGCGCGGCGGCGGCGGCGCGCCCCCCACCCCAUUGCCUAUGACCGGCCAGAUGGCGCCGCCCACACAGCCCACACCACCAUUGGUUAAUCCCCCAAUGUUGGGUGGAGGUCCGCCCCUUCGUGGUCCAGUGCCGCGCGGACCGGCCCCAGGCGCGCCGGUCGGUGCGCCCACGCAACAGCCGGGAGUGCCAACACCGGGAGCUAAACAAAACCGCAUCACUCCCAUACCCAAGCCUGUUGGAAUUGAUCCACUUCAAAUACUUAACGAGAGGGAGAACAGGAUCGCAGCGCGUAUCGCUCAUCGCAUCGAUGUUCUGUCCAACUUGCCGGCCAACAUAUCAGAUGAUCUCCGUCUGCAGGCUCAGAUAGAAUUGCGAGCUCUUCGAGUACUCAAUUUCCAGAAACAACUUCGGUCAGAGAUACUGGGCCAAGUCCGUCGAGACACGACUCUCGAGACUGCUGUCAACAUCAAAGCGUACAAACGCACGAAGAGACAAGGUCUGCGUGAAGCGCGCGCCACCGAGAAGCUUGAGAAGCAGCAGAAAUUGGAAGCCGAGAGGAAACGUAGGCAGAAGCACCAGGAAUUCCUGCAAACUGUGUUGCAACAUGCCAAGGACUUCAAGGAGUACCACCGCAACAACGUGGCGAAGCUGUCGCGCAUGAACAAGGCGAUCAUGAACUACCACGCUAACGCGGAGCGCGAGCAGAAGAAGGAGCAAGAACGUAUAGAAAAGGAGCGUAUGCGACGUCUUAUGGCAGAGGACGAGGAGGGCUACAGGAAGCUCAUCGAUCAGAAGAAAGAUAAACGCCUGGCGUUCCUCCUGUCGCAGACGGACGAGUACAUCGCGAGCCUUACGGAGAUGGUGAAGCAGCACAAGCAGGAACAGCGCAAGAAGCAGCAGGAGGAGGAGCGCAGAAAGAGGAAAUCACGAAAGAAGAAGGUAUUGGAAGGCGGUGAAAUCGAUGCGUUGGAUGACAGCUCGCAAACAUCUGACUCCAGAGUUAGCGUCAUGGACCCGAAGACGGGCGAGGUUUUGAAAGGAGAAGAGGCUCCAUUACUUUCUCAACUCAAGGACUGGAUGGACACCCAUCCUGGUUGGGAAGUUCUCUCUGACUCUGACGAUUCUGGUGAUGAUAGUCACGAUGACGAUGGAGAGACAAGAAAGAGAAGAGACAGAAGGGAUAGGCAUAGGGAUGAAAGGAGUGACAAAGAAAAGACAGACGAAGAAAAGGCGCGCGAUAUGAUAAAGAAAGCUAAAGUUGAAGAUGAUGAAUAUAAAACUGAAGAACAGACUUAUUAUAGCAUUGCUCACACGGUCCACGAGUCUGUCACGGAACAAGCAAGCAUCCUGGUUAAUGGAAAUCUUAAAGAGUACCAAAUAAAGGGUUUGGAAUGGUUGGUAUCAUUAUUUAAUAACAACCUCAAUGGAAUUCUGGCAGACGAGAUGGGUCUCGGCAAGACCAUUCAGACAAUUGCAUUGGUGACCUAUCUGAUGGAGAAGAAGAAAGUGAAUGGACCAUUCCUUAUUAUUGUGCCACUCAGUACAUUGUCCAAUUGGGUUUUGGAGUUCGAGAAAUGGGCGCCGACAGUGCAGGUGGUGUCGUACAAAGGCUCACCGCAGUCGCGCCGCCUCGUGCAGACGCAAAUGCGAUCCACUAAAUUCAAUGUUCUUCUUACUACUUACGAAUAUGUUAUUAAAGACAAGGGUGUAUUGGCUAAAGUGCAAUGGAAGUACAUGAUAAUCGACGAAGGCCACCGCAUGAAGAACCACCAUUGCAAGCUGACGCAGGUGCUGAACACGCACUACGUGGCGCCGCACCGCCUGCUGCUCACCGGCACGCCGCUGCAGAACAAGCUGCCCGAGCUCUGGGCGCUGCUCAACUUCCUCCUGCCCUCCAUAUUCAAGAGCUGUUCCACCUUCGAGCAGUGGUUCAAUGCUCCGUUCGCUACUACUGGUGAAAAGGUGGAGUUGAACGAAGAAGAAACGAUCCUCAUCAUCCGUCGUUUGCACAAAGUGCUGCGUCCGUUCUUACUGCGGCGACUCAAGAAGGAGGUUGAGAGCCAGUUGCCCGACAAAGUGGAGUACAUCAUCAAGUGCGACAUGAGCGGCCUACAGCGCGUGCUUUACAAACAUAUGCAGUCCAAAGGCGUGCUGCUAACGGACGGGUCGGAGAAGGGCAACAAGGGGAAGGGCGGCGCGAAGGCUUUAAUGAACACCAUCGUGCAGCUGCGCAAGCUCUGCAACCACCCCUUCAUGUUCCAGCACAUCGAGGAGAAGUUUUGCGACCACAUCGGCACCGGGGGUGGUGUUGUUACAGGGCCCGACCUAUACCGUGUGUCCGGAAAAUUCGAACUUCUGGAUCGCAUCUUGCCGAAAUUGAAAAGAACUGGGCACAGAGUGCUAGUGUUCUGUCAAAUGACGCAAUGUAUGACCAUCAUCGAAGAUUAUCUCUCUUGGAGAGGUUUCCAGUACUUGAGACUGGACGGUAUGACGAAGGCGGAGGACCGCGGCGAGCUGCUGAAGAAGUUCAACGACGUGGACUCCGACUACUUCAUCUUCCUGCUGUCGACGCGCGCCGGCGGCCUCGGCCUCAACCUGCAGAGCGCCGACACCGUCAUCAUAUUCGACUCCGAUUGGAAUCCACACCAGGACCUCCAAGCCCAAGAUCGCGCGCAUCGUAUCGGACAGCGCAAUGAGGUGCGCGUGCUGCGUCUCAUGACUGUCAAUUCUGUUGAGGAGAGAAUCUUAGCAGCAGCUAGGUACAAACUAAACAUGGACGAAAAAGUAAUUCAAGCCGGUAUGUUUGACCAGAAGUCCACUGGUUCAGAACGACAACAGUUCUUACAGAGCAUUCUCCAUCAAGAUGGUGAUGAUGAAGAGGAAGAGAACGAAGUGCCAGACGACGACCUGAUCAACGAGAUGAUCGCGCGCUCCGAGGAGGAGCUCGAGAUAUUCAAGCAGAUCGACAUUGAGCGCAAGAAGACGGAGACGACGACGCGGCUCAUCGACGAGUCCGAGCUACCCGACUGGCUCGUCAAGGACGACGACGAGGUGGUUUGCAAUAAGGGGCAAGGCUGGAACUACUUAGAUGAAGACGAGACCCUGGGACGCGGGUCGCGACAACGCAAAGAGGUGGACUACACAGACUCCCUCACUGAAAAGGAGUGGCUCAAGGCCAUCGACGAGGACGAAGAGGAAGAGGACGAGGAGGACGAUGAUGACGAGGUGUUGGAUAAGAAACGCAAGAGGGGACGCAAACGACGCCGUCAAGAAGACUCUGAUGAAGAUGAAAUACCUAGUUCUUCAAAGAAGAAAAGCAAAACGGAAAUUAAUCAACUCAAAAAGCGAUUAAAAAACAUUAUGAAGAAAGUUAUAGACUACACUGAUGAUAAUGGCCGAGUUUUAUCCGAGCCAUUCAUGAAACUGCCAUCCCGACGGGAACUUCCGGAUUACUACGAUGUUAUCAAGAAACCAUUAGACAUUAAAAAGAUCAUGAAUAGGAUUGAAGAUGGAAAGUACACAGAUAUAUCGGAUAUGGAACGAGAUUUCUUCACGUUAUGCGCGAACGCUCAAACUUAUAACGAAGAGACAUCUCUCAUAUACGCGGACUCGGUACGUCUCCGCAAUGUCUUCAUAGAGAUCAGGCGCCGCCAUGACAGUGGUCAGAAUUCAGAUGAUUCGGAUGAGAACGAUAAAGAUGAUGUCGACUCUGAUGGAGAAUCUAAUCGCUCUGUCAAGAUGAAAAUUAAAUUGAAGAACAAAAGCAAGAGCACGCCGUCUAGGAAAAGAAAACAACGCAAAUACAUCUCUGAUGAUGAUGAAGACUACGAAGAAGAU